AUGUGUGCCUCAGCGCACACUUAUGAUGGGCUGUGGGUCAAAACAAAGGUCCUCAUUCCUGCCAUCCACAUCCAUCUGACCAGUGCAAAAAACUGCUGCUCCAACCGCUGUGGGAUGUUCCUGUCUAUUGGCUUCGCAGCUCUUGGAGUGGUGGGGGCCUUGUACAGUUUGACUGUUGCUGGCGUUGGUCUUGCUAAUGGCCCCACAUGCUUCUGGAGAAAUGCUGAUUCUCCAAUGGGCAUGUGGGGAGCACCCUUUGCCAACAGUACUGGCAGCUACCUGGGCGACAAAGAGAUGUGGAAAUGGUGUGAAAUUCCAGAGAAUGUAGUGGAAUUCAACGUGGCCCUCUUCUCCACUCUGCUGGUGGCGGCGUGCGUACAGGUCGUGCUCUGCCUGAUCCAGAUGGUUAACGGACUGUUUGGCUGUCUCUGUGGCACCUGCUCCAGCAAGGAGUGA